AUGAACUCGCGACAACCCACCGGCUCCGGCCUGCGGCUGGACGAGGAUGCCCUGGCGCAGCAGCCUUCUUCCUCGGGCAGGGCUCGUCGCUCCACCACCGCCCGCGCCGCCGCCCGCGCAUCCCCUUAUGCCAGGACACCCACCAAGCAGGUAGCCCGCACCAGCCUGGCAUCACCGGCACCUGCAGCCUCGCCCAGCAUGCUGAGCGGACUCAUCAGCACCGUGACCAGCCCCUUCCGAUUCCGCUCGCGGGCACGGCAGUCGGCCGCCUUUGGCACCGCCGACACCGAAGCGGAAGCCGACGACGACAACGGCCACGGCGUCAACAUCGACAUGGAGGCUGGAGGAACCGCUCCCGCCCGCAUCGAGGCCCUUGAGCCCACGUCCCCUCUCGCCAAUCGACACACAGCCCUGGUCAGCAAGGACGAGCGCUCCGAGACUCGACCCGCCUCUUCCAACACGCUCACUGUGCCGACGGCGGCGCCCUUCGCCGUCAGCCCGACCCGGUCGCGGCCCAGCAACCUCGACCUGAGCCCGGCAGGCCCUUCCCUCCGUUCCGCUGCAUCUCCGCGAGCCUCUUCGCCGCUGCCUGCCAGGACGGCACCCCGUUCACCCCUCGCCGAGAGCUCCACCCUCCCUUUCACGCCGCAGGAGCCGCCGCGCAAGCGGGCCACGCGGUACAGCUCCACCCAGAUCGACGCCAGCGCGGGCCGAGCGCAGCCAGACGCCAGCCCGGUCUCGCGCAACUUUGAACUGCUUGCGCGCUUCUUUGAGCAGAAGCAGAGGGAAGGCGGUCUCCACGGUGGAAGCAGCGGACUGACAGAGGUCGAGGUCGAGGGGUGCCUCAAGCUCAUCGAGGAUAGCAUGGCCGCUGGACGCGACCUAGCCCACGAGUUCGGAUAUGCGUCCAGCAGGCUAGGCCGAACAGCCGGCGUGCGGCAGCCUAGCGAAGCCCCCUCGUCGUCCCGUGCAAGUUCGGUUGCGCCGCAGACGUCGGCGUACCCAGCAUCUCAGACGUUCGGCAACCUCUUCCAUCCCGGAUCGUCGAUCAAGCCGACCGGGGCCUACUCGUUCCUUGCCCCGCGGUCGUCGUCGACCGCUUCGAUCGCCUCGUCCGCGUCUGCGAGAAGGCAUCGGCCCCUGUACCUUGGCCCAGGCAUGGGCUCGCAGCUGACGAGGCGCCGGACGCUGGCACCGGGUUCCCGGUCGUUGGGAGACUCUCUUGCCCAGUCUCGGAUGGGUCUUCUGCCAAAAUCGACCUCGGACACGAGCCUGGUCGACGCCGCCAGGGAGCGGCAGGAGCAGGCGAAUGCCGCGCCCGAGGAGGCCAAGCGGCGCAGGACAGAAGACGCUGAGCGAGGCACAGCAUCGCAGCAGCAGGACGCACGCUUCGAGAGCCUGUUCGAGAGCCAGCGGACGCAAAGCAGCGAGCUGGCCAAGAAGACGACGUCGGCCGCUGCCACCCCGAAGCGCGAUGCGGGCCUCGGCGUCAAGCGGGGCGCUCCGCAGGAUGGCCAGUCUCAGGGCAAGAAGGCAGAGGACGGCUACGUCAACGGCGUGCGCCCGGCUCAGGACAGCACCCCGGUGCGCGUCGCGACAAAGACCGCCACCGCCAUGCUCGACAUCCUCAAGGACAGCCCGCCGGUCCGGCCUCCCGUGCAGCCGGAGCUCGUCAACCCGUACCAACCCUCGUCGACGCUGUCCAAGCUGCCCAAGAAGCCCAAGACACAGACGCCUUCCAAGUCGGCCCGUGCAUCGAUGGUGACGCGUGCCAAGGCGCGCCAGUCUGCCGCCGAGGCGAAGACGAAGAACGAGGAGCCGAAGCGGGAGUCGAUCCUCGAUGUCAUCGAGCGCACGGCGCCCAAGGAGAAGCCAAGGCGCGGCCGCGUGGCCACCGAGACGCCCGACGUGGCGAUGCAGGAUCAGACGCCAGCGGCCGCGACGCCUGCCACUACGACGCCAGCAACCAGCGAGGCCGAUGUUGCGCAGGCCAGGAAGGCCGAGAAGACGGAGGAGGCACGGCGGCGGCUCGCAGCACUCAGCAAGAAACGCGAGGCUGACUCGAAGCAGGACCAGCCUGCCGCCGCUUCUUCCUCGGCUCCCUCCGCUCCGACGCCCGCCUUCACCUUUGGCGCCCCCGCGUCGCAGCAGCCGCAGCAGCAGCAACCGAGCACCAGCACUACUUCCGCGCCGUCGACCGGCUUCAGCUUCGGUGUGGCCAAGCCCGCAGCGAGCCUCGCGCCGCAGCUCCCACAGCAAUACACGGCCUCGAAGCCCAAGAAGCCGUCGCCGCUCUCGGUCACGUUCCAGGCGCCCGACUCACCCAGCUCGGCCUCGGAAAAGUCGAUGGCCGACUCGCCCGUGCCCGCGUCCAAGCCUUCCUUCAGCUUCAGCCAGCCCACCGCCUUCUCAUUCGCAUCGCCAUCGGCUUCGACGACGCCUGCCGAGCCCAAAGCCAGCGCCGCACCGGCUCCAGCCGCCAAGCCCUUUACCUUCGGCGCACCGGCCAAGGCGGUGACCAAGGAGAGCCCUGCGCCGCCGGCCCCGGCACCCGCAAAGCCAGCCUUCUCAUUCUCGCCGAUCACGCCGGCCCUGGCUCCUUCGCCUGUAGCCCCUGCCCAGGAGGUGGCCAAGCCUGCCGCUGCGGCAGCUCCCGCUACGACCUCGAAGCCAGCUGCACCCGGGAACGCCAAGGACGAGGCCGUCGCAGCCCCCAUCAGCGCCCUUCCGACAUUCAGCUUUGACUUUUCUGCUCCCGCCAGCACCGCUGCGGCUGCGGGGCCCGAGGCCAACGCCAUCAAGAAGGAGGUCCUGUCUCUGGCAGCGACCAGCCUGCCGACCUUCGACUUCAUCUUCGACACCACCUCGACGCCUGCUUCGACCGCCAAGGGGGCAGCCGAAGAGACGAAGCCAGCGGCGAGCGCACCGAUCUCGUCGUUCUCGUUCGGUAAGCCCGCAGCGGGCUCGUCGACGGGCUCGUCGCCCACGUUCUCGUUCAACAAGCCCAUCGCAUCAGCGCCAGCGCCCGCCGCAUCGACCGGCUUCAGCUUCUCGCCUCUCGGCGGCUCGAGCGGCCUGGCCACGCCCGCGUCCACGCUCUCGAGAGCUUCGACGCCCGCCUCGAUUGACGAGCCGACUGCCUCCGAUGGCAAGGCGGCAGCAGCUGCCAACAGCGGGUCCAACGGCCUGCUGGGCGAGGGAGAGGGAGAGGAGGACGAGACGCAGAUGCACGAGGUGCGAGCCAAGUUCUGGCGCUUCGACCAGGAGGGCAAGGCAUGGAAGGACCUCGGCAUCGUCAUUGCCAAGCUCAAGAAGCACAAGGAGACCGGCAAGCGAAGGAUGCUGGUGCGCAACGAGGCGAACGGCAAGGUGGUGGUGAACUUCAACCUCUACUCGUCGAUCAAGGUGACGCAGGACAAGAACGUCGUCUCCUUCCUGGGCUUUGACGGCAGCACGCCGACUCAGUUCCGAUGCAAGAUCAAGACGGAGGACGGCGCCAGGGCCUUCAAGGACGCCAUCGAGCGAGAGGCGGCCGCAGCCUGA